AUGGCUGACCAAAUGAGUAUGGCGGUGGCGUCGCUCCAGCCGGAGCAAUGGACGGCGUCACUGAACGAAGCCUUGGCUAUUUUUGUUACCGAUACCCAAGGCAAAGCCCACAACUUUAGCCCACUCUUUACCUACCCAAUCUUUGGAGACGCCGAGACCAUCUUUGGGUUCCAGGGCCUCCGUAUUUUCUUGUGCUUUGACCUGGUGACGUUUUUGCCCUUUUUGAACGUCAAGUACGAGAACAAGCUUCCAGAUAUCGAGGUGGACCCCAAAAGCAAGUUGCUCGAGCUUUUGCCGGAACUGACCGUGUACAAGGACGAGGCCAAGUGGAGAGACACCAUCGAAGAAGAGCAGAAGAGUUAUGAAAUUCCCGGUGAGAAAGUUGGCUCGGACUUCACAAAAGGCGGCGAGCUGUUUGCCAUCUAUAAGCUUGACUUGAGCUCACCUAGAGGUGUGGAGUUGCACAAGAGACUCCAGAUUUUGGUGCUUUUAUUUAUAGAAGCCGGCACCUACAUCGACUCCAAGGACCCCUUGUGGGAUAUUUACGUCAUGUACAACACAACCAACCCACAGCUUCCAGAGGUUGUCGGUUUUGCAACCGCAUACAACUACUGGGUUUACCCGGGUCUGGCCGACUUUGACGCGGGCGUGAAAAAGAUUCGUAAGAAGAUUUCACAGUUUGUGGUUUUGCCCAACCUUCAGGGCAAGUCUCUUGGUGGAGAGCUCUACGAGAGAUUGUACAAAUACUGGUUGGAGGAUGAGCGUGUGGUUGAAAUUGUUGUGGAGGACCCCAAUGAGAGCUUCGAUGACUUGAGAGACCGUGUUGAUUUCAGUCGACUUGUCAAAGACGGCAAGAUUGACUUGACUGAUUUGAGUUUGGACAAGGUGAACGAUUCGUGGAUCAAGGACUUCAAGCAGCGUGAAAAACUCGAGAAACGCCAGCUUCUGCGAUUGCUUGAGAUGUUUUUCUUGUACCAAUUGAAGAAUGGACCCGUCAAGCCUUCCAAAAAGGCUGUCAGGCUUUUCAUUAAACGCAGACUCUUUGAGAAGAACAAGGAAGCUCUCAGCGGGCUUGAUGAACCCACACGUCUCGACAAGUUGCAAACUGCAUACGAAUCGUUGGAGGCGGAUUAUUACCGUAUUUUAGAGCCGCUUGACGUAAACACGAAACGCCCAAUUGAGAGUGGGUCCGGAAACGAGUCAACUGCAAAGAAACAGAAGAAGGAAUAA